CUUCAUUACAUUUCUUAUCGAUAUCUCUAAAAAAAACUUCUACAAUGACGACCAAUAUAUUUCAAAAGUUGUUCUCGCUUCUUUUGUUGCUUGCUAUGAUAUCUGUCAUGGCGAACGCAGAAGAAUUGUCUUUAGAUUAUUAUAAAUACUCGUGCCCUGGAAUCGAGGAUAUUGCUAAAAGGAUUACUGAACGAUAUAUUUCGAAUGUUCCCGGCUUUGCUCCCGGUUUACUUAGAAUGGUCUUUCAUGACUGUUUUGUUAGGGGAUGUGAUGCUUCUGUAUUAAUAGAUCCAACGGAGUCCAACAACCGAACGGAGAAGACUGCUCUUCCCAACGUGACACUCAGGGGGUACGAAGUCGUUAAUGCUAUUAAAUCUGCUCUAGAAAAACAAUGUCCUGGUGUUGUUUCUUGUGCUGAUAUAUUAGCUUUAUCUUCUCGAGAUGCCAUCCGAACGAUAAAUGGACCUUUUUGGGAAGUUCCUCUUGGUAGAAAGGAUGGAAAAAUCUCAUUGGCAUCAGAUGCAGAUACUCUUUUACCAUCUCCAUUUUUCAACUUCUCAAGUCUUGAAGAAAACUUCGCAUCAUUAGGCCUAACUACAAAAGAUUUGGUAGUCUUAUUAGGUUCUCACACCAUUGGACAAGGUCACUGCUUUGUCUUUCAGAGUCGACUAUACAAUUUCUCGGGACGAGGCGACACAGAUCCUUCAUUGUCUCCUAGUUAUGCUGCAUUCUUAAAGACUAAAUGCACACCAAAUCCAAAUGACACCCAAUCAGUUGUUCCAUUGGAUAAGAUUACACCGAGAGUUUUUGAUGAAAAUUACUACGUUAUGGUAAGCCAAAAUAAAGGGCUAUUCCAUUCUGAUGCUGCUCUUUUGACUAAUCCUGAGACUAAGAGCUACAUCUACCAGCAAAUUAAAACUAAGAGAUCAACUUUUGCUCAAGAUUUUAGUGUGUCUAUGUCUAAGAUGAUUAAACUUGGGGUUCUUACUGGUAAUCAAGGUGAAGUAAGGAAGACAUGUGGUGCUGUCAAUGCAUAAACUAUAAUCAUACUUUCGUCCCUCUCAAAUUGUGAACAAACAAACAAAAUUGUUAUUAGUAAACUUACAAAGACAUAAAGUUUAUAUUGUGUUAUUCAAUUUUUUUAGUCAUCAAAAUUGAAAUUAAUAAACUUGAAUAUUUCUCGUUAUUAGAUAAUGAGAUAUGUUUAAUAAUUAUUCAUGCCGCAUUUGUAAAAAUCUUUCAAAUAAUAUUUUAAAAAUUUAUUAAGCAAU